GCGAUCGCGACUCGCCAAUCAACCCAAAGAAGAAGAAGUUAAAACAAGGAGAAUGAAGAACGUAAAAGAAAGAAAAGUUUUUUAGACUUUUUUUUAUGGUACAUCAUGUUUGAAAUCGUAAUUGUUGUUCUAUAGUAGCAUAUAAUUCGUCAGUAGCAGUAGCUUUAAUUAUUGUUUUGGGAGUUGUUUUCACUUGCCGCUGUCAGCCGCGUGGGUGUGAUUCAGAAACCACAGUUAAAAAUGAACAGGAUUCAUCGAAUUAGCUUUUCUGGAAUCUUCAGCAUUAUGAAGAGGACUUGCACUUUCUUUCCCAUUUUACUACUAUGCAUGUUUGGUGCUCAUGAAGUGAAGGCAGUAUCAGUGAUGGAGGGAGAUUCUGUCACUUUAAACCCUGAUCGGGAUAUAAAGGGGAUUAUUCUGGUACAUUGGAAGUUUGGAGUCAAAGGUUCCACCAUUGCUGAAAUGGAUGGGAAUGAGAUCUCUUAUCCUGAAAUGAAUGAGCUAUUCAAAGGCAGACUGAAGCUGAAUCAGACUGGAUUUCUGACCCUCAUUAACAUGAGAACCAAACAUUCUGGACUUUAUAAAGUACAGAUCGACCACCGUGGAGGGAGCUUAAAAAGAAACUUCCCCGUUACUGUUUAUGAGGUUCCACCUGUUUUUGAAACUUACAAAGCUGAAAUGAAGAGUAUAUCAGUGAAGAAGGGAAAUCCUUUCACUCUUCACACUAGUGUUGCUGAAUUACACGGAGAUGAGCUGAUAGUGUGGAGGUUUGGAGAUGAAGGAAAACUCCUGGCUAAAGAAGAUAAAGAGACCAAGGGUUCACCAUAUUAUAAUACUGAUGAGAGAUUCAGACACAGAUUGGAGCUGGUUGACCAGACAGGAUCCCUGACCAUCAAGAACACGAAAGAGAUAGAUGCUGGACUUUACACAGUAAAGAUCAGCAGCAACGAACAGACAUCAUUCAAGAGAUUUAUUGUUUCAGUCAGCGAUGUAGGUCUAUCUCCAGCUGAUGUAACGGUUUUUAUUGUUGUUCUGCUGCUGCUGUUUGCAGCUGCAGCUGGAUUCGGUUUUUAUUGUCAUCGCCGCAAGAUCUCUAAACUACAGAAAGAUAGGAAGGAGAUGAAAUAUGUGCAGCAAGGAGAAUCUGUCCCUCUUGAGCCUGAUACUGAAAUACAGAUAGACGAUAAGAUACAGUGGAUGUUUGGAGAUCAAAAGUGUCUGAUCGCAAAAAUGGGAAAAGGAGAGACCAGAGAGAUAACAUAUCCUGAUGAGAGAUUCAGAGAUAGACUGCAGGUGGACAAGAAGACUGGAGCUCUGACCAUCAAGAAUAUCACUAUUGAACACAGUGGAGAUUUUAAAGUGAAGAUCAGCAGCAGAAGAAGAACCCAAAUAAAGAUCUUCUGUAUUAUAAUUAAAGAGGAGAAAGUGACAGUCAUGGAGGGAAGGACAGCUGUUUUACACAGUGGCACAGAAAUACAGACCAAUGAUCAGAUAGAAUGGAGGUUUAACACCGAAGAGUCUCCCAUAGCUGAAAUCAAAGAUGGACAUAAGAUCUUUCCAUCUGAUGGUCCUGGUGGGGUAUUCAGAACCACGCUCAACCUGGAUGAGAAGACUGGAUCUUUGAUCAUCAAAAACAUCAGAAAUGAACAUGCUGGGGGUUAUUAUUUAAUUAUCAAGAAUAGAAGCACCAAGCACCAUGAUAGAAGAUUCAUUGUUAAAGUCAUUGAGGAGAAAGUGACCGUCAUGGUGGGAGAUACAGCUGUUCUGAAGAGUCCUGCUGGAAUUCACACCGAUGAUCAGAUAGAAUGGAGGUUUAAAACUGAUGAGUCUCCCAUAGCUGAAAUCAAAGACGGACAAAAGAUCUUUUUAUCUGAUGGUCCUGGUGGGAGAUUCAAGAACACACAAAGCCUGGAUGAGAAGACUGGAUCUCUGACCAUCAGGAACAUCAGACCUGAACAUGCUGGUGGUUAUCAACUAAUUAUCAAGAAUAGAAACACGGGAGCCCGUGUAAAAAGAUUCACUCUUGCAGUCAUUGUGGAGAAAGUGAGAGUCAUGGAGGGAAGGACGGUAGUUUUAGAAAGCGUUGCAGAAAUACGGACUGACGAUCAUGUAGAAUGGACAUUUAACUAUAAGAAGCCUCCCGUAGCUGAAGUCAGAGAUGGACAACAGAUCUUUCCAUCUGAUGUUCAUGAUGGGAUAUUCAAAGACAGACUGAGGCUGGACGAGAGGACUGGAUCUCUGACCAUUAAGAACAUGGAACUAGCACAUGCCGGGUUUUUUUAUCUGAAGAUCAAGAAUAGCAGAGCAACAAUCCAAGACAAAAGAUUCACAGUUGCUGUCAUUGUUCCCAGAAGAAACCGAGUGAAGGAUUCAGCAACUGUGGAAUUCCAGUGUUAGGGUUUUAUGGCUGUAUCUCUAAAAAGGUGUAUCCAAAGAGUCCACUUAAUGGGAGGCUUGCCAGUCCAUCUCCACAAUUAGACAUGCACCGAUGGAAGUUGAGACGAUCCACAAUCCAGAAAAGAGUUCACAUUUCAAUCAAUUCGAAUCCAGAGCAGAUCACAUUCAUCAACUGACGUCAAUAGAACAUCUCACCGAUGAAGAAACAGAAGAAGAUGCACAAACAAACAAAACAAACAAACAAACAAACAAACAAAUCUCAAUCAUGCCUGAAUAAUAAAAGCAGAGGGAAACAUUUGGAGGUUUAAAGUUAGUCAUCAGAUUUGGCGCUCCUAUUGGUUCUUUGAUCACAGCUAAUCUCACGCUAGGUGUCUGAAAUCUUCUGAAACAACAGAACUUUAUUAGAGAGAUAAUCUGAUUGCUGUGGCAUUAAGCACUCAACAAUCAAAGACCACAGAUUUUAGCCUAUAUUAAUUACAGGAAUCUUUUAGGAUUUCCUAAAUGUUUCUCAGAUGACCAAAUUGUGGCUGAAAUCACACAGUGUGAGCAGGGCUAAACUCAGAGCGAGAGUAUUCUCUUUUAGAGACAAAUUGAACUUCAAACAAAGAUUAAAAAUGAUGUGGAAGAAAUUUGAGGACAUUUCGUUGGUGCUUGUGGAGAGAUGUUUAAUCAUUAUUUAAGCCUGUUAGCUGUCUCUAAUGAUAGAAAGAAAUGAAUAACAGAAUGAUAUGAGACUCAGGAGGUGUAUCUGUACUGAAAGUAAAACCUGAGGUGACGGAAAUCCGUGUUUAGGUAGCAAACCUUUUUUUUUUGCUCAAAAUAUUUUCAUUUUAGCGUUUAUUAUGUUAUAAAUGUAAAAAAGUAUGUCAAAACCUUGAUAUUUACUCUGCCACUUA